UUUAGGUUUUCAUAGAAAAAUUCUUUGCAAACCAGCUAACUUUCCAGCAACCUAACCUUGUACAGUUAUUUCACAACAAAUUAAAUAAAAUAUAAUUUUUUAGAUUUACUACAUGUACAACCUUAACAUAAAAUAAUAAUAAUAAUAAUAAUAGUGAUGACACCAUUUGUGUUGAUUUAUCUUCUCUCUGCCACAUUCUCUUUCUUGUCUUUGUGCAUGACCUUGUUUGUUUACACGCUACUACUUCCAUGGCUAAAGCUAAAGCACCAAGACGCACUCUUGACUCUUACACUGUUAAACCCAUCAACAAAACCGUUAAACCUGGAGAUUGCGUGUUGAUGCGGCCAUCGGAUCCGUCGAAGCCUUCUUACGUGGCAAAGAUUGAGCGGAUCGAAUCCGACGGUAGAGGGCCCAACGUGAGAGUACGGGUGCGGUGGUAUUACCGGCCGGAGGAAUCAAUCGGUGGUCGCCGGCAGUUUCAUGGCUCAAAGGAGGUUUUUCUAUCCGAUCAUUAUGAUACUCAGAGUGCAGAUACGAUUGAAGGGAAGUGUAUGGUUCAUAGUUUCAAGAAUUACACGAAGCUUGAUGCUGUUGGGAACGAUGAUUUCUUUUGUCGUUUUGAGUAUAAUUCGUCUACUGGUGCUUUUAAUCCUGAUAGAGUUGCCGUGUAUUGCAAAUGUGAGAUGCCUUACAAUCCUGAUGACUUGAUGGUUCAAUGUGAAGGCUGCAGUGACUGGUUUCAUCCUGCUUGUAUAGAAAUGUCUGCAGAGGAAGCUAAAAGACUUGAUCAUUUCUUCUGUGAAAACUGCUCAUCUGAAGGCCAGAAGAAGCUGCAGAAUUCCCACAAUACCAGACAAUCAGAUGCAAAGGCGGAAACAAAGAGGCGCCGGAGGUGAUAAAGUAAAUAAAAUACAAAUGCUGAUGUACAAUGAUAGCAGAGGAACUGAGCUCUGUUUUUAACCCUGGUUAGGCUUCAAGCAAACACGCAGGCAGAUACAUCUGCAUCACAAGCUGUUGUAUAUCUGUGAGUGAGUUCAUGGCAGAGGGAAACUGGCUUGAAAACCUUUUUGUCAUGUGUAGAUAACCUUGAUUUGAGGGUUAGUCACCCCGUCAAGGAUGUGUUUGGUUGUUUGUAGGCUAUGUGAUCAUGUACAUGUUUUUCACUCUGGUUUCUUGCUUCUAUAAACCAGGGCUGUGUAUAAUCCAAACUAGUUUAACUUGUAAAUAGAUAUACGUUUAUGCCUCUC